AUGUACCUGAAGGCAGGGUUCGGAGAGAAGAACAACCAGCAGUGGAUGAGGGUCACAGUGGUUAUUACUUGGGGAGCCAUAAAAACCUGUCACUUCAUGGGGAAGAAGAGUGUCACGGGCUCCCCGCACCUGGAGUCGCCGGAGGAGCCUGCGGUGCCGAUGGUCUUCGGUCCUUCUCUCAGAGCCUUGCUGGAGGACAUGAUGGAACUGCUUACCCGUGAGCUCCUGAAAAUCCUCUUGCAAGAGAGACUUUUGGAUGAGAACCAAGGAAAAUAUGACCUCACUGAUCAGGAGACAGGGCUUUUAACAAAGGUGCUGGAGAAGUAUUUUUCAAACUGAAGAAGCACAGCCGUGGAGGAUGAGGUCUGCAGGCUCGGCCGUGCAUGGCAAACGGAGGAGAGCAUCGUCCUUGUGGGUUACUGUAGCAACAUCACUUUUAUUUAUUCUUUCUGUAAUAUUGUUAAUAGUGGUUGCUUGUAUGAAAAGCAGAGCUUCCCUGUAUAUUUCUUCUAUGUUUUCUGCUUUUGUGAUGUCUGAUGUACCCCUGUGAAUAAAACUGGCUCUUUGCACAAACCA